UUGACUAGGGCUAUAUUUGGAAGGUAGUCGUCUAGGAAGAAAGUAAAAUGGCGGCUACAGGACCAAAUCUCAAGUUCCUUCUAAAUAUAGUAUUUUUACUGGUCGUAACGAACAUCCACCCAUCAUUGUCUAGCGAAUACUCAGGCAUUCUAUCAAGUCUGUAUAGGCAAGCCGCCGAACAGAACCGCCCACUGGUACUAGUUCUCGACAACAGUGCGAAUCGGAACUCAAAUAACAAGGAAUCGUUAUAUCGGUCCUCCAAUUCCAAUUCUAAUUCUAACAGAUACAAUUCGAAUUCUAACCGAAAUGAUGUUUCAUACUCAUUGGUAAACCUCUUAGAUUUGGCACAGGUCUCCAACAGAAACUCAGAUAAUAGCGCAAGAAAUGAUGGAGAUAGCAAUAAUAGAGAUGACAGUAACUCCAAUAGCAACUACAGGUUAAGCAGUAACUACAGGAGCAACAACAGAAAUGACAAUGACAACAACAACAGGGAUGACAGUAACUCCAAUAGUAACAACAGACUAAAUAGAAAUUACUGGAGCAACAGUAGGAGUAAUAGCAACUACAAUAACAACAACAGGAAUGACAAUAACAACAACAGGAAUUACAAUGACAACAACAAUAAUAACUACAAUAGUAACAACAGACUAAACAGUAACUACAGGAACAACAACAGGAAUGACAAUAACAACAACAGGAAUGACAAUAAUGACAACAACAACAGGAAUGACAAUGACAAUAACAGGAAUAACAAUAACAACAACAGGGAUGACAGCAACUCCAACAGUAAGAACAGACUAAACAGAAACUACAGGAGCAACAGUAGGGGUAAUAGCAACUACAAUAACAGGAAUGACAAUGAUAACAACAACAACAGGAAUUACAAUGACAACAACAAGAAUGACAAUAAUUACAACAACAGGAAUGACAAUAAUAACAAAAACAACAGGAAUGACAAUAACAACAACAACAACAGGAAUGACAAUAACAACAACAGGGAUGACAGCAACUCCAAUAGUAACAACAGACUAAACAGUAACUACAGGAGCAAAAGUAGGAGUAAUAGCAACUACAAUAACAGGAAUGACAAUGAUAACAACAACAACAGGAAUUACAAUGACAACAACAAGAAUGACAAUAAUUACAAUACCAACAACAACAACAACAGGAAUGACAAUAACAACAACAAAAACAACAGGAAUGACAAUAAUUACAAUAACAACAACAGGGAUGACAAUAAUUACAAUAACAACAACAGGGAUGACAAUAACAACAACAGCAACAGGAAUGACAAUAAUAACAAUAAUAACAACAACAGGGAUGACAGCAACUCUAAUAGUAACAACAGACUAAACAGUAACUACAGGAGCAAAAGUAGGAGUAAUAGCAACUACAAUAACAGGAAUGACAAUGACAACAACAACAACAGGGAUGACAAUAACAACAACAGCAACAGGAAUGACAAUAACAACAACAACAACAGGAAUGACAAUAACAACAACAAAAAUAACAGGAAUGACAAUAACAACAACAGCAACAGGAAUGACAAUAAUUACAAUAACAACAACAGGGAUGACAAUAAUUACAAUAACAACAACAGGAAUGACAAUAAUUACAAUAACAACAACAGGGAUGACAGCAAUUCCAAUAAUAACAACAGACAAAACAGAAACUACAGGAGCAAAAGUAGGAGUAAUAGCAACUACAAUAACAACAACAGGAAUGACAAUAACAACAACAGGAAUGACAAUAACUACAACAACAACAAGAAUGACAAUAAUUACAAUAACAACAACAGGGAAGACAAUAACUACAAUAACAACUGGGAUAACAAUAACUACAACAGGGAUAACAAUAACUACAAUAACAACAACAGGGAUAGCAGUAACUACAAUAACAACAACAGGGAAGACAAUAACUACAAUGACAACAACAGGUACAAUAACUACAAUAGCAACAACCGGUACAAUGACUACAAUAAUAACAAUAGGGGUGACAAUGACAACAACAACAACAACAACAGGGGUGACAGUAACUACAAUAACGAAAACAGCAAUAGAGGAAAUUCCUACAAUAGUAACAACAACGACAGAAACAGCAACAGGAAUGAUAAUGAUUAUAGAAGCAAUUACCGAGGCGAUAACAGCAAUAGGAUUGAAUCUAGCAACAAAAAUGAUAUUAACGACAACAGGGCUGAAAGCAAAGGUAGGUAUCAAAAUGAUUUACUGAAAUCGCCUUUAGUGGAAACUCUUAUGCAGAUUUCCAGCGAUUUGAGACAGGGUAAGGAUUCUUGUGGCGAUGACGACGGCAAAGACGGCGGCACUACAACCACGUUGCGUCCUGAAGAGGAAGAUGAUGCAUGUGAUCAAUCUAAUAACUCCUGUGAUGAUGAAGGAACUGGUGGAGACGGAAAUCCCAGCACGAGAGGAGAGCCUUAUGUUGAAGGCGAAGGCAAUGGCAAUGGAAAUGGAGGUGGUAAACGUGGAAAAUAUUACAAAUGAAUAGUGUUUAAUAAAAUUAUUUGAGUGGGUGUUAGUUUUUCUUUUACAUU